GGAAGUCAUUGGAGUUCUCGUCACGAUGGGUUUUCCCUUGGGAAUUACAUCCAAAUCAAGACGCUUAUACAAAGAUAUUCCACUUGAUCUCUUCAUUCUUCUUCAGAUUUAGAUCGCAGAGAAACAGAAUCCAUUUUGACUCAACAAUUAAGACAAAGACUACAAAGAGAGCGAGAGAGAGAGAGAGAGUAUGGAAGACGAGUUUUGCGAAUGCAGGCCAUUGGGUUUCUUGGUUGGAUUACCCUUCGCUUUGGUGUCGUUGGUUUUAUCUCUUGUGGGUGCAAUUAUCUGGCUUCUUGGGUCAAUAUCGAGUUGCUUGUGUCCAUGCUGCAUAUGCUGUGCAGAAUUAUCCAAUGUGGGUAUGAGUCUUGUGAAGCUCCCAGGUCGUGUUCUUAGAUGGUUCAUUAGCAAGAUUCCUUGUUAGAGGAUACAUAUUUUGUAGCCCCCUCUCCUUUUCUUAGUAAUGAGUUUGACUCGUUUGUACUCCUUCUAUGCUUUUUUUGGGGA